UUUCCCGGUCGGAAUUUAUCCCUUUUUAUUUUCCCCUCUUUUUGAUGAAAUAUUUCCCCCUGAAAGUUUCUACUACGUUUCUUUUCCCCCUUCUCUUUUCAAACCAUAUAAUCUUCCAUUAGGAUUUAGAUUUUAGGUGUCCUCUCAAUGGAACAAAGUAGACGCCGAGAACCGCCCCCGCCUCCCCCUUUCUACCGCUCCAUCUUCUCCGAGAUAGAAGAGGUUGGAUGGGAGCAUCUUAUAAGAUCGGAGGAAGAUCUAUCCUCUCUCAGCUUUCGCAUUUUAGAUAAGAAAGGACGGGCACAUAUUCUGGAGAUAGCUUUGCCCCGAAACUAUCCUGAAGGUGCUCCAUCAAUUGCUGCGGAUGUACCUUAUAUCUGUGAUAUAGAGUGGUCAAAGAGCUCAAAAUUGAAGAAUAUUCUACAACAAUUCAGAGAGCAUUUGCAGAAGUUGCAGGAGUUUUGGUCUAUCAUGGAAGAUAUUGACAGAAAUCUGUGGAUUCUAGAUCCAAAACAGCCAUCUCUUGCCACAUCCUAUCGACAGAUUUGCCUUGGUAAUGACUGCUACCUCUUGUUAUAUGUAUAUGCUCGCAAUCCAUGGUCUUUGCCAGAGUGCCAUUUUUUUGGUCCAGAUUCCACUGUAGAUCUACUGAGAAAGAACUGGAGGAAAAACGGCAGGAAAUGGACUAAGGAUAAACCUUUUCAUGAAAAUCUGGCUACUCUUCUGGAGACUACAUUACCUAGACCUCACACCGUUAGCAAUGAAAAUGAUGAGCAAGUUGAUUGUGGAAUUUGUUAUGCUCAGUACCUGCCUGUUGAUGAUGAAUUUGGAGAUAAUAGUGGAAGUGCACCGGACUAUACUUGUGAAAAUCUGAGUUGCAGUAGAGCUUUUCAUACAGUAUGCCUCAGGGACUGGUUGCGAUCAAUUACAACAACAAGGCAGUCAUUUGAUGUUCUAUUUGGGAACUGCCCUUACUGUUCUGAAUCAGUAGCAGUUAAAGUUGGUAACUGCAGUUAACAGAUUCGUAUAAUCUCAUCAUCUAUGAACCAUUAUUUUGGAGAAAUACAGCAUAUGAUUAGUGUUCUUUUCUUUGGUGGCCUUCAAAAUAUCCAGAAGUGCUGGAAAUAUCUGAGCUUGAUCUUCUGGCAUGUCCAGUCUCUUGGUAUAUUAGUAGAAUUUUCUUUAUAUGCAUAAAAGAUUAAAUAGACAAGCUUUGUGAAGCAGUUAAUUAUACAGUAUUUUGAGCCUUUGAGAAAGGACCUGUCUAGGUGUUUGAAGCUGGUCUUUUUGGAAAAUUUGAGAGAAAUCAUAGUAUGAUAUUUUUCCUUUUCCCACCAUUUGACGGUUUUCUCCGAUGCCAUCUCUUAGAUUUUACAUAUUCU